CUUCCGUUUUGUACGACCUUUUGCGUAUAUAACCUUCCGUGUCUUCUUAGAAACUGCCCGAGUGCGAGGUGCAGUUGGCUGUAUCUCUUUCUUCCUUCCAUACAUCUUUGUUGACCGAAUUCUUCUCUAAGCCUUCCACUACUUCUAGAUAUUUUCUUCUUCCUCUUCUUAUUUUGUUCUUUCAGUCUUUGCUUUCGUUAUCUCUGUGUUUAAUAUUCUUUCUUACAGACUUGAUCAACGAUUACCGUCUCAAUUCUUGGUCAGUUCACUGAAAAUCCGAAGAAAUGAAGAAAGUGGUGUUGAAGUUGAAUUUACAUGACGACAAAGCCAAGCAGAAGGCCAUGAAGGCAGUCUCUACCCUUCAAGGAAUCGAUUCCAUCUCUGUGGACAUGAAGGAGAAUAAAUUGACAGUGGUCGGAGACGUCGACCCUGUACAAAUUGUAAGUAAACUGCGCAAACUUUCGUAUGCGGAUAUAGUCUCUGUUGGGCCUGCAAAAGAGCCUGAGAAGAAGGAAGAAGCCAAAAAAGAGGAACCCAAGAAAGAAGAGCCAAAGAAAGAAACAGUCGAGCAGCAGAUCCAGAACCUUGUCAAGGCAUACCAGGCUUAUAAUCCCUGCAUGACGACCCAUUACUAUGCCCAUAGUGCAGAAGAGAAUCCGAAUGCUUGUGUUAUCUGUUAAUUCUCAGAUUUCAGGGAGAUGAAGAGGAAAACAGAUGCCUUCUUCCUCAGGGGAUGGAUUCCAAUACUAUCACCCAGAACACAGAGGCUAAUAUGUACAGUUCAUUGUGGUGCGUUGAUUGAUUGGUUUCUAUUGUUUUACUUUGUUCGAUCAAGGAUUGUUACUGUAUAGACUAUAGAGAGACUAGGGAGUAUAAAUUAAUUUUGGUAUGUAUUAAGAGCUUCUUAGUCAGAAUUUUCCAUCGUUUCAAACCUCUGUGGGAGAAAAUGAGAUGCUUGAUUCAUAUUGUUUCAUUGAGAAUAAUGGUGCUCCUUUGGAUUAACAGUUACACUCUUCUA